AUGGUGAAGAGAUCCAAGAAGAAGCGCCCCAAUGCUGGUGCUGGAGCUGGAAAUCAAAAGCACUCUAGAGCUAUGCAUAGUCACGGAGCCGUCAAGAAGCCACCUGUGUCUCCAACACCAACGGUUGGUUCUCCAGUCGUCAUUGGUGGCCCUGCUGUCGUAAAACAAGACCUUUUAGAGUGGCGCCAGGCACUGGUAGCCGACAAGCAGAAAGCCCGAACAGCAAGACUUCUCCAGGUCGUCAACAAAAAGUAUAGGGGGGUUUUGAAAUGCAAGAUCAAUGGCAAGUGGAACAAGGCAUUCUUCUGUUCCUUCCAUCGAUACUGCAAGUUACUAUUCAAUGAUGUCAUGAAGUACCAGUAUGGUGAUUUCAUACCAGUAACAGAAGAUGACAAAAAGUUCCUUCGAGGAAUCAUCAGAUCUGCCGACGCCGAACCUGCAUUCUUUGUAGCCAAUGCUCUGAAGCUUCUGGGAGACAUUGCGUACUACAUCGAACGAGACUAUGAACUAUAUUUUCAUUACAUGAAAGAAGCAAUUAUCACUUGUGAUGGAGCCAGUGACAAGGAGAAAUCAGUGCUGCUGAGGUGUCUUCCUGAUAAGGAUAACAAGCGUCCAGUUACAGUUGGUGACUUCCUUGACACCACUCGCCAACUUGCCAAGCAUGCUAUUUGUGAUUCCCGAAACAAACUGUAUUCCACAAAAUGGGACCGGGGCAUAGGUGUGGCAUGUGUCUCCGCCAUUCCUGGGGACCAGUGUGAUUGUUGUGGCAAGGCCAAACAAGGUACUACUGGCCCAAUGAAAGUUUGUGAGCGCUGCAAGGUGACUUAUUAUUGCAAACGUGACUGUCAAGCAAAACACUGGAAGGAUCAGCACAGCAAAUUGUGCCGCAAGAAGGGUGAAUUCCGAGUAGGCGAUUGGGUGGAGACACGGGGACCCUUUGGGUCAGUUACUCCUGGAGGUGUCUGUCGCAUUAUUGCUCGCUCUUCAAAUUGUGCAACAGGAGACUUUUGGAUUGUGUCUGAUGAGAAGCGUGGCACGAGUACUAUACUCUCAGCAGACAAACUACGUGUCUGUAGCUUGAAAGUUCGGGGCUUGGACCCAUUCUACAGUACUUUGAAAUUUGAUUAA